AUGGCUGAUACCAAGACCACUCCAGCAGUUGCUGCUACCAAACCUUCUAAAAAGAAGGUGACCGCUUCCAAAAAGAAGCCAUCAAAUCCCAGCAUGUCUGAUCUGACCCUCAAGGCUAUGGGUGCCACCAAAGAAUGGCAAGGAAUGUCCCUCCCUGCCCUCAAGAAGGCUCUCAAAGCUGUGGGCUAUGACAUGGAGAGGAACAACGCUCGCCUCUUGUUGUCACUCAGGAGUCUGGUCAGCAAAGGGAAACUGCUGCAGCAUAAAGGAUCCUACAAGAUUAACAAGAAAGAGGCACCUAAAAAGAAAAAACAGGUUAAAAAGAAGUCUGUUGCUAAAGCCAAGACUCCCGGGACUGCUAAGAAACCAAGAAACCAACCAAAGGAUACUAUUAUUUGUUACUAUAUGGGAAAAACUAACAGAUGCCUUACAGAACGAAUCAAGGAACACCUUUACAAUGUUAAUAGGCAAGACAUGAAGAAUGCUUUAGCAAAGAAUGUUGUUAAAGAAGGGUCAGGACACAGUUUUAAAUUCAUGGUUAUUGAGAAGUUACUUGUCACAGAUAGAGGGGCAGAUGUUAAAGUUCAGACAGAGAGGUUAGAGACAAACUGGAUUCUCAGACUUGCUGCACAUAAGGAAAAAGUGUUAAAUGACUUUGUGCCUUUAAAUCCUGUGCUCAAAUUAAGAUCUUUAAAACAUUGA